AAGGGGAGUUUGGGACGGGUCUGUCCAUUGGACGACUGGACGGACACAGACUGUAACAAACGGCUAACGUCAAUUUUAUGCUCGCUCUUUUAAUCGGACUUUAAUUCACAUUUAAAUCCACUAUGACGCUUACAAUGGACACAGUGUCACUUUGGGGGCUGUGUGUGGUGAACAGAAGCUCAGACGUUUUGUAAUUUAACCAUGGAAACUAAAAGCCAGCGGACAGCAGCGACAGCAAAAAGUCAGUUGACAACCCGCAGAUAAUAACCGAAGAAUGGACGAUGUGAAAACUGGCCCGAACCGGGACUGAACCUGCUACCCGGGUCUCCUCAGGCUACAUGUCACCCUCCUCUCCGUGCCAGAUGCCUUCGCGGGGCGACGGGGGCUACAAGCCGGCACCGGCGUCCCCUGCCCCCCCUGUCCCACCGAGGAGGGUCAGGGGCUCCGGCAGGACGCGGCGGUCCGGAGCAGGGACGGGGUCAGCGGGAGCCGGAGCAGCGGAGAGGCGGGUGAAGUGUGUGCUGGUGGGAGACGGAGCUGUGGGGAAAACCAGCCUGGUGGUCAGCUACACCACCAACGGGUAUCCCACCGAGUACGUCCCGACCGCGUUCGACAACUUCUCAGCGGUGGUAUCAGUGGACGGGCAGCCAGUCAAACUACAACUCUGUGACACAGCAGGACAGGAUGAGUUUGACAAGCUGCGGCCUCUGUGUUACACCAGUGCAGAUGUGUUCCUGCUGUGCUUCAGCGUCGUCAGUCCCGCCUCCUUCCAGAAUGUUCCUGAGAAGUGGGUUCCAGAGAUCCGGAGACACGCGCCCUUCGCUCCGCUCGUCCUCGUUGGGACGCAGUGUGACCUCCGAGAAGAUGUCAAGGUUCUCAUUGACCUGGCUAAGUACAGGGAGCGACCUGUGGACGCAGCAGAUGCCCGGGACUGUGCAGUGGAGAUCGGAGCUGUGGCUUACAUGGAGUGCUCUUCCCUGACCCAAAAAAAUUUGAAAGAGGUGUUUGACACGGCCAUACUGGCCAGCCUGCAGAACUACAGCUCCCAUAAGCACACGAGAGGGAAACAGAAACGACGAAAAAAGCAAAGGCAGACACCGGACAAGAUGAAGAGUCUGUCUAAGUCAUGGUGGAAGAGGUACUGCUGUGUGGCCUAGAGCAGACCUGUGAGGAGUUUGGGUCAAAGACUCUUCUGAUCUUCUGUUGACUUUAUCCUGGUCUGGAUUUAGCUGGGUUUAGGUUCUGCCUGGACUGCCUGAUGUUGAGCAGGACCUCAACUGGACUAUAGCUGGGAACCAAAGUAAGACUGUCAUGGAUCUAAAAUGUUUUACUUUUUGUUUUUAUUCAAUGGUUUUAGUCUUAUCAUGGAUGAGAUUUACUACUGAGCCCAGCUUGGUUCUAACAAAACCUGCUCUGAAAAUACAGUAGUACUGCAGUGGUACUCCUGCCUCUUCUGGAAAAAAACGGAUACAAACAGGUAGCUAGCAGACUAGCAGAAGACCCUCUAAAUGCCAUAGUAGAUGUGACGAUGUUGCUUUUUAUCAAACCGGACCAGUUUUGAAUAAGAAACAGUUUUGUCUGUGUUUAACACAUUAAAAGGUCCCAUGGCAUGACAAUUUCACUUUAUGAGGUUUUUUAACAUUAAUAUGAGUUCCCCCAGCCUGC